UAAUGAUGCUGAUUUUAAAAUAUAAAACAGUUAUUUUAAAGCAUAAUAAUAUUUCACAAUAUUAAUGUUUUUGCUUUAUUUUUGUUCGAAUAAAUGCAGCUUUGAGCAUAAGAGACUUUCUAAAACCACAAAAGUUAGUCUGAAAUUUGGCCUGCUUUUAGUGUCACACAACUGAGGGUUUUCCUGCUGUUUUAUGUCAGUCCUUGUGCUUAUCUUGCAUAAAUGUCAAAGAAUUCUUGUUUGUUUUCUAACUUCAUGCAGACAGAGAUUUAAGAGGGUGUUCAGAGAGUUUUGAAGUUAGUUUCUGGCAGGCCCCAAGGUCCACGUCCUCUCCUCUUGUAUUGAUUUCCCCCCGACUCUCUGAUGCCUGUGCCCGGUUUAAACUCAUGCAUUAAUAAGUGCAAACUCAUCAGCAGUCAUCUUUCCUCUCCCGCACUCAGGCCUUUGAUGGGUAAAGUUUUUCAUGUUAUCAGUGAUUAGUAUAUCUCCCUUCAAAAUUCUGAUGCACUGUUCUCAUAUUAAUAUAAACUAGGGCUUCUAGUUGAUUCAAAUGAAUUGUAUUAUAUGAUGAUUAAUUCACUGAAUUACUCAAAAAUCAAUAUUUGCUGAAAAGGCUACCGAAUUAUCUCUCAAAAAAUAUGAGUAGACAAAAUAGCGGCUUUAGAGACCAAAAUAUAUAUAUAUAUAUAUUUCUAUAUUGUGGACUUCUCGCUGCAUAUAUGUCACUUUUUUAAGAAGCUGCAUCAACUUCACAGCAUUCAGAGUUCCCUCUGCUCCUCAGUUUAAAUGGGCACAAAGCUUUUGGUUUCAUGUAUCUAGACAGCUGGUGAGAAAAGAGAGCAGAAAAGCAUAGUUAAGAUUUGCACAUUAUUUUUACAUAUACGGAAGAGCCAUAAAAUAGUCAUAAUGUCCUUCUGCUAAUGCAUCAACACUUAAGAGCAUGUUUGUGAGUGAAGCAGACUGAGGCAGUAAUGUCAUGGUUCUUUAUGGAUGUUUUAAUACUUAUUGUACAGUAGAUGCUGAGGAUAGACAUUAUUAGGCAAGUUUAAUUUUAGAUAUAGUCUGAUGAUUGUGACGUAGUGUCAUAUUAAAUGAUUGAAAUAUACUUUAUUUAUUUGACUGUUUGCUUGUUUGUUUGUUUGUUUGUUUUCUAAUUUUUAUUUUAUUUAUUAACUUAAUUUUAUUUAUUAACCAAAUUUUACCAUAUACCAUUUUUGAAAUUGUACUGUAUUGACUUUCUAUAAAUUUAAUAGCCUACUUUUUAUAUUUUCAAUAUUUUAUUUGCUUUAUAUUUCACUUUAGAUGCCUUCACUUUUCAGCUUUCUAACAACUUUAUUUAAGCCAUGCACUGACUCUGAAUAUUGAUUCUAUGGUCAGAUAUUCUUGUGUAAUGACAACUAAAUGCUUGGUUUCUUACUAAAUUGCUACAGGCAAGUUUUCCUAUAUAUUUGUAGCAUCAUAUAUCUCAUAUUACUGCAUGGUCUUUUUCUUCUCACAUAAUAAAAUAAGUUGAACUGAAAUCAAUAUUUCAUAUAGCUUUAUCACAUUUCAUUUAUUUAUUUGGCAAAUAGCCAUGUAAUAAGUAGGAUACUGUACAGUAAGCCUGUCAUUAUCACAAAAGAAACCCCUUUUAGACUCCUUUUACAGAGAUCCAAGACCCCUCUUGUAUGUCCAGCUAUAUUAAUAAAGUCUGUAGUUUUGUAUCAUGUAAGUAAAUGAAUGAUGCACCAGUUCAGCUGCAUCUAAACAUACAUUAUGGCUGGCUCAUCAUUGUGCAUUAUUGCUAAAGAGAAGGAGAGGGAAGAGGGAGUGUCUGAGUCUGGACAUCAGACUCUUUCGGUGCUCCAUAAGGAAUAUAUAGACUGAAGAGGACCAUGACGCACCAGUCUGUGGAGACCAAAGCUGAAGGGAGCUUUCUGUAUGCUUGAUGUUGUUAUAGAGAUACAUGGAUGAGGAUGUGACGGAAUUUCCAACUUAGUGACUUUAUUUUAAAGGAUCCGUAGUGCCGGGAUUACUGUAUGGUUUACAUUUGUGCUUUGUUUAUAGCUUAAUGCAUCAGGAAUUCAGAAUUUUUACGGGAAUGGAUUCUGAAGAAUUUAUCAAACUUGUUGCUGCAGAAACAUUCAUGAGAUGAGUUGCUUUUCCUAAAAUUGUCCAUUUGAAAUCUAGCAUGACCUCUUGACCUUUGUACACUUUCUCUAAGGAAUCGUAUAGCUUAUCGCAGUUAGCACUCGUUGCAAUGGCUAUUCAGGGCAUGGAGCUGUUUGCAGUUGCUGUAGUGAUUCUUCUGUUUAUAAUGGUGCUCAAACAGUUUGGCAUCACGGAGCCGCUGUCGCUGGACGACAGCGCUGACAGUGAUCUGGAGUUGGCCAUGGUGCGGCAUCAGCCGGAGGGCUUGGAGCAGCUCCAGGCUCAGACCAAGUUCACUAGGAAGGAGCUGCAGUCGCUCUACAGAGGCUUCAAAAACGAGUGUCCAAGCGGAUUGGUGGAUGAGGAGACAUUUAAAUCGAUCUAUUCCCAGUUCUUCCCUCAAGGAGAUGCAACUACAUACGCACACUUUCUUUUCAAUGCUUUUGACAUGGACCGAAAUGGCUCGAUACGUUUUGAGGACUUUGUAAUCGGCUUGUCUGUUCUGCUUCGAGGUUCUGUGACAGAGAAACUGAGGUGGGCCUUUAACCUGUAUGAUAUUAAUAAAGACGGCUACAUCACCAAAGAGGAAAUGCUGGCUAUCAUGAAGUCCAUCUAUGACAUGAUGGGCAGGUACACCUUUCCUUGUGUAAAAGACGAUGCUGCUUUUGAACACGUGGAGAAAUUCUUCCAGAAAAUGGACCGAAACAGAGAUGGUGUCGUAACCAUAGAUGAGUUCAUAGAGACCUGUCAGAAGGACGAGAACAUUAUGAGCUCCAUGCAGCUGUUUGAGAAUGUCAUCUAGAGCGCAGCAUGAAGUGCAGAGUGAUCCUGGCUCUUUUUCCACAUCGAAUCUCAGCAUCAUUCCAUUAGUCCUCGAGCGCUCCACAGGGACUCUCUAGAAACACUUGUGUUUUGUACCUAGGCUUUGCACAUCAUCUGUAGCAUGUGAAUGAAUAUUCUGAUUGAUUGAAUUGAAUGCUUUAACAAAAGGAUGCGGGACAAUUUAAUCUCCAGCAUUCAAGACAGGCUGUAAAUGCUCAUGUGUAUAUAUGUAGAUAUAUGUGUGCUCUUUAACUGAUUUCUGCCUAGAUAAAUGAACUUUUGCAUGUUUGCCUGCUAUUUGUCUUUCUUUUCUUUUCUUUUCUUUUUUUUUUACAAAGAAAUAAAGGCAUCUGUCAAUUAA